AUGUGUAUGGAAACUAUUGCCCUCUGUGAAAGUUGCGGCUUUCACCGACACAUGCACUACCACCUCUGCAUGGCUUGGAUAUGGUCCUUCCGCGAGAUAAGAUGGGGCUUUAAGACGCCCCUCGACAGCAUCCCCAAACCCCGCGACUGUCCUUUCAUCGAUGGCGAAGUCAAAUGCGAGAUCAAAGCCGGCCGGUGUCCCAAUAGGGGGUGUCCAGGACAUGCGCUUAAAGCAGAGCAAGACAAAGAGCAAAUCGCCAAAGGCACAGCCGACGCAAGAACCGAUGCCGAGAAGAUCGAGGCGGAGCGAAUCAAGUUGGGAUUCAGACAAUUUAGACCGCAAGGGUUUCAGGAUCCAUUGGAAGUGGGACGGCCGCAUCAGCGGAAGCUGCCGGUUGUUAUAAUGGACUUCAAGCCAGAGGAGGGCUCCACAUGGGGUCGUGUAAGAGGAAGUCGGCCUAUGGAGGUUGCAGAGGAACAUACGGGGACAAAACCAAUUCCGAUUCCGAUUCCGCCUUCAUCAACGGGUAAUCAGACGUCGAUGAGAAGACAGAGAAAUUACAAUGGUCCAAUGAUGAUGCCUCAUUGA